AUGUUCACAUUCUUAAAACGUGGUAUUACCAACACCACGGCGAACACGCAAAAAUUUAUUCGAAAUUUGGUGUAUCGCGAUCGAGAAGCGCUCGACCCAUUGCUGAGAGAAGAAGACCGUCAUGAGGUACCAUCCAAAUACACAAAUGUUCAUAUUCGAAUGCCAUAUUCUCAAAAUCUUCGGGUACAAGGAUCAGCAUCGCUUCGCACCGCUUUAGUGGUACUUAGUAUUGGCGCAGCGAGUCACUUUUUGUUAUUUCUUGACAGUGUUGUUGACAAUUUGCUACCAGCAGCAAUGCCUUUUCUUCUAGAGGAGUACACAUCAAAAGAAAAAGCCGAUCACGCAUGGGAACUAUUUGUAUCCUCAAGGAUCUACGGUCUUGCUGUUGGAUGCUUCAUUGCUGUUUUAUUAUCGCACAGAAAUGGACGAAAGUUAUCAGUUAUUCUAGGAGUAGUUCUCGAUAUUAUUGGCGUGAUUAUGAGCUUAUUAAUCACCUAUAUCCCCUAUGGUGUCGGUGUUGCUACAGCAGGAAGAUUGUUGAAUGGAAUUGGGCAAGGGCUAGUUCAAACCGCGGGAUCGGUAAUGCUUUCCGAAUUGCCACCAAUCAAGAAAAGAGGAACGGCACUAGCAACACUGACUAUGUGGGCUUGUCUCGGGGAACUUGGUGGAAUGUUAAUUUCAUUGGAUAGUAUUCUUGGUCGACCGAGCUGUUGGCAAUGGGCAAUGGGAUUUCCGUUAAUUCUUCUAAUUCCUUCACUUUGCAUUCUUCUAAAAGCACCGGAAUCUCCACGAUAUCUAUUCCUAGCGAACCAGGAAAAUUUGGCAAGGAAAGCAAUGGCUUUUUAUCAGAAUUCUAUUGAUGGGAAACAGUCAAUUGAAGAAAUUCUCGUUGAAAAACAAUACAUUUCAAAGAACAAAUUUGAUGAGAACGGAAAUUCAAAAAAAUCGGAAGAUAUAGGAUUAGUAAACUACACAAUGGAGCGUUUGAAGGAUGGACGCUUCACGCGACCGCUUCUUGUAGCUUUGUUAGUUCAAACAUUUGUUCAUCUUGACGACUGGUUGUGGAUUCCAUACUCAACGCAAAUCUUUGAAAAUUAUGGUUUGGACUCCGGAACCGCUCAAAUUUCUUCAUUGCUGAUGUCUGUUCCGCAAGCAUUUAUCAGCAUCGGUCUUCUUGGAUGUUUCGAUAAUUUCGGUCGUCGUACAUUGCUUAUAGUACCCACAAUUUUGAGCGCACUUUUUGGGUUUUUGGCAAUUGUGUUUGGUCUUUCGAAAUCAAAUGGUCUUCCUUUAUUAGCAACGCUAGAUUUGGCAGUGGCGGCGAUUAGUGGAGAAUCGGCGUAUGCAAUUGUUCCUGAACUAUUUCUUGCAAAUGAUAAGGUUUUGGCAACAGCAAUCGCCGGAAUUGUUCAGAAUUGUUUCGGUGGAGUUUUGACCAGUUUCCUUCUUACUGCCCUCAAUAGUCGUGGAGUCGAGAAAGUCCUCAUCCCAUUCGUCAUUAUGAACGUGGUGUAUGCUGCAUUGAACUACAAAUUUUUGCCAGAAACUGCUGGAAAAUCCCCUCAAGAAAUCUCUAGAAAUUAUUCGCAGAAUUUGCCUGGUAGUGGCAUUUUUACGUAUCUGAAAUUGAAAAUCAUCUCAUAG